CCGACGUAAAAUGGCUAUGAAUAACGUCCAAAUAGACAAAUUAUUGGGGCGAGAGAAUUACUGUACAUGGAAAUUUGCAGUACAGACAUUUUUACAACACGAAGAGUUGUGGGAAUGCGUUGAACCUGCCGAUGGCGUAACGGUAAAUCCGAAGCUAGAUCUCAAAGCAAAGACCAAGAUAAUUCUACUUGUGGACCCGGUAAAUUAUAUACACGUCCAAGAUGCUCAAACUUCCAAAGAAGUAUGGCAAAAUCUACGAAACGCUUUUGAAGAUUCAGGUUUAACAAGAAAAGUGGGGUUACUCCGUGACCUGGUCAAUACCACAUUAGAAGGAUGUUCUAAUAUAGAAGAAUAUGUCAAUAAAAUAGUAAGCACCGCUCACAAAUUGAGAAACAUUGGAUUUAAUGUCGAUGAUGAAUGGUUGGGCACGCUGAUGUUAGCAGGUUUGCCGGAACAAUACAAACCUAUGAUCAUGGGAUUAGAAAGCUCAGGCAUAAAGAUAAGCACAGACUCAAUUAAAACAAAACUCAUGCAAGAAGUUAAGGAGUCUAAUGUCUCUGUUCUUUAUACAAAGCACAAAUCUACCCCCCGACAAAAUUAUAACAGCAAUCAGCAUAAUAAACCAGCAGGCCCCCGUUGCUACAACUGCAAUAAGUAUGGACACAUGAGUAAGUUCUGUAAUAACAAAAAGAAGAAUAAUAAUAAUAAUAAAGGUUUUGCAGCAGUAUUUUCAGCAGCUCAUGAAAAUAUGAACAGUGUGGAAUGGUAUGUAGAUUCUGGAGCAUCUUUACAUAUGACUAACAUGCCUGACUGUAUGUAUGAUGUCCGGGCACCUCCGAUACAAAAUAUAAAGGUUGCUAACAAUACAUCAGUUGCCGUGGAGAAAAUUGGUAAUGUUAAUCUGGAUUUGAUUGGUGAAAAUGGCAAGAUAAAUCACAUACAGGUACAGGUAUCAAGCAUCAAACGACCGCACCAUAUACGCCGGAGCAAAAUGGCCUCGCCGAGCGGAUGAACCGCACUCUCGUGGAGCGUGCCAGAUGCAUGUUGUUCGAUGCUGGACUCCCGAAACAGUAUUGGGCAGAGGCAGUGGAGACAGCUGCUCAUAUAAUUAAUCGUUCUCCGACUCGAGUUCUUGACUACGUGACACCACUGGAGAAAUUGACAGAUACCUGUGCCAUUGACGGAAAAUAUACAGAUUCCAUCCACUCAAGAAAACUCUACCCCUGUUUGCG